AUGAGAAUCGAUAGGGAGCAGUUGGUUCCAACAAAUGCCCCGCUCGUUGGCUUCGAAGGAAGCUGGGUGUUACCCCUGGGUGCGGUCACAUUGUCCGUAAUAGUAGGCGAUUACCCUCAACAGAUAAUCAGGGACGUGACGUUCUUGGUGGUUGACUGCUCGUCUGCCGGCAAUGCUAUCAUUGGACGACCUACGCUUAAUUCGUGGAAGGCGGCUUUAAGCAUAGAAGAGCACCGGACAGUAACGGAGCCAGUAGAAAAGUUAGAAGAGAUACCACUUGACAGUUCCGAUCCUGGCCGAACGACCAAAAUUGGAACACUCGCUCACCCCGCUAUCCGUCAAGAACUCAUUACCUUCCUCAGAGGCAAUCGAGAUGUAUUUGCCUGGGGUCAUGAAGAUAUGCCGGGGAUAGAUCCUUCAGUUAUGGUACACCGAUUGAACGUAUCGCCUGCCUUUCCGCCUAUCCGACAAAAGAAGAGGGUGUUCGCCCCCGAGGGAGACCGAGCCAUAGCAGAAGAAGUUCGAAAGCUACAGGAAGCCAACUUCAUCAGGGAAGUGUACUAUCUCGGCUGGUUAGCAAAUGUGGUAAUGGUCAAAAAAGCGAGCGGGAAAUGGCAGAUGUGUGUGGACUUCACCGACCUUAACAAGGCCUGCCCCAAAGCUACCCCCUCCCCAGAGUUGAUGUACUUGUAG